CGCGCGCCCAAAUCGCGCAGUCCGUCGGCCAGCUAGCACAAUCGUCGCAUCUCCGAACACCUCGCUGUAGUCCUCUCGACGCGAAGCCGCGCGUCCCACGCCUCACGCCGUCCGGCCGGUCAGUGGGCUAGCGACGACCUACUCUGUCAGCUCGUCCUCGCGCCAGCCCUCGACCCGCCUGGCGCCCUCGCGCUCUAGCGCCCUAGUCCUCGGCGCGCGCAGCAUGGCGCUCCGCCAGGCCCUCGCUUUCUGGCUCCUGGUCGCCGCGGCGAUGGCGGCGGUGGCCGCAGCCCAGCAAGGAUGUGUGUGUGAAAACUACAAACUGACCACAAACUGCUCUAUGAAUGCGUAUGGUCAGUGCCAGUGUAUUUCAGUCGGUACACAACAUUCCGUCAUUUGCACAAAAUUGGCUGCUAAAUGCUUGGUGAUGAAGGCAGAAAUGAGUCACUCAAAGUCCGGGAGAAGACGGAAACCAGAGGGCGCCAUCCAGAAUAAUGACGGGCUCUAUGAUCCUGAGUGUGACGACAAGGGGCUCUUUAAAGCCAAGCAGUGCAACGGCACCUCCACAUGCUGGUGUGUGAACACUGCUGGGGUCCGAAGAACCGAUAAGGACAGUGAAAUCUCCUGCUCCGAGCCAGUGAGGACCUACUGGAUCAUCAUUGAACUAAAACACAAAACAAGGGAAAAACCUUAUGAUCUUCAAAGUUUGCAGUCUGCACUCAAGGAGGUAAUCACAAGUCGUUAUCAACUGGAUCCAAAAUAUAUCACAAAUAUUCUGUAUGAGAACGAUGUUAUCACUAUUGAUCUGGUACAAAAUUCUACUCAGAAAACUCAGAAUGAUGUGGAUAUUGCUGAUGUGGCUUAUUAUUUUGAAAAAGAUGUUAAAGAUGAAUCCUUGUUCCAGUCCAAAAGGAUGGACCUGAAAGUAAAUGGCGAACUACUGGAUCUGGAUCCCAGUCGAACUUCAAUUUACUAUGUUGAUGAAAAACCACCUGAAUUUUCAAUGCAGGGUCUACAAGCUGGUAUAAUUGCUGUCAUCGUGGUUGUGGUCGUAGCAAUUAUUGCUGGAAUCAUUGUCUUGUCAACCUUACGAAGCAAGAAAGGAUGCUGAUCCGAGAAAAGCUUGUAGCUGAGCACUUCACAGGUCGGUUAUGUUGCCAUUGAAUAGCCACUGUCCUUUAGUUGUCCUCACUGCACACAAGAGUACAAUUCAACACUCUUGCCAGGAUAAGUGCAAAGUAAUUUGAAUUUCCAAACCACUCAGUGAGAUGAAACUACAUUUCAUUGAACACAUUGUGAACACAUGUUAACAUUGAAACACAAUGUUAGCAUAAAAAAGAGUUAAAAGGGAUAAACAUGAAACCACAGUUUCAAUAGAAGUAGUAAAUUGAACUUAGCAGUGCUUCAGAAGAAGACCAUAUCACCUGAAGAAGCAGGGUUUGUUGUAGAUACAUAAGAUACAUAAGAAGCAUCUUCAGCAUCAGGAAAUCUUACCAACAUGACAGAAUAAAGACAGAUUUGAGGGUAUACCACAGCUUACAUUUUUUUGCUAUCCAUCUGGAGAAGAACAAAAGAUGGAUUUCUAUUUCACCCCACCAGAGCUGGCCACAUUGCUCAGCUGUGUGUGAAUAGCACCUUCUAAAGCACAGCAGCACAAAAGGAGUGGACCAGUUGACCCAUGUUCAAACACAGAUUCUGGAUGGGUUAUAGUUCAAAAUGUUAAAGAGUAAAAUAAGUCUCAAAAUUAUGAAAUGUUUGUACAACCUUGUAGUAAAAGAAACCAAUUAAAGUGGGAAAUCUGGAGUCCAUGAAGGAAGUCAUACAGUUGACUUCAUUGAAAUUAAAUAUUUUGUGUGGCAGAGAUGCUGUAAAGUGAAAAUAUAUAUAUAUAUGUAUAUCAAUGAUAGGCUUGGGGGAAAUAUUCACUAUGAAUAAAACAAAAAAAGGUUAUUAUGCAUAAUAUAUAAAGAGUUCUUAUAAACUGAUGAGGAAACUAAAGAAAGAAAUGGCAAUAGGUGUGAGUAGACAAUUUACAGAAAAGGAAUUCCAGACGGCAAAUAAAUACACGAAAGGUUGAUCAUAGAAAUCUAAUUGUCCUUAAAAAAAAAAAAGAAAGAAAGAAAUCUAAUUGUCCUACAGAAAUAAAAGCACAAGUAAUAAGGAAGCAUGGUCAAGGUCAUGUAUUGUGUUGCUAGGAAGGAUGAAUCUGGAAGCAGCCUGAGUGUACAUCCAGCGGAGAAUGGAUAAGUAAACUCUGGGGCAUCCAUGCUGUGGAAUAAAAUGGCUACUAAAGAGAAAGAGUUCUAUCCAUAGCUUUCUGUCUGGAAGAAUCCCUUGAUGUGGAUAUAGGCUAUGUAAAGAGAGAAAUUAUAUUGCAUGAUCCCAUUUUUAGACCCCCAAAACUUACAUGCAUACAUGUUAUAUAUCUAUGGAUUUUAAAAGUAAAUUUGUUCAGAUCAGAAUUGUGUUCCUUAAAAGUAUGUAUGUCAGUUUAGACUAACUUUUUGUUUGGGUAGCAGUCCUCAAAUAGUAAUCAUUUUUCUUCUACUUAGGUUGUUUCCAGAAAGAAAAGAAUGGCAAAGUAUGAAAAAGCUGAG